UUUGUCCCAGAAGCCUCCAACCGACUGUGAAACAGCAAGACCCCUUGCAUUACUGUACUCGUAACAGCGCAAGCCUCCUCUCCUCGCCGUCCGAGUUGCCCAAUCAGUGAUCGCAUCUAGUAGCUUGCUCCACGAGGUACCUCCGAAAGGCGCCUCAAAUUUCGAGUCAGUGAUCGCAUCCGGUGCUGAUAGUAUAACGCCUCGUUGCACUAGGUCACUAGGCAAAACGAGGGUUACCCAAAUAGUCAGUCCGUUGCUCAGCCACAAUCAUGUCUGACGGCAAUCCCGAGGCUAAUAACACCAGCAGCGCCAGCAGAUCGACGGCCAUUUUUAUCGGAGAAGAACCAACGGACCCGAUGGACUCAGGGAACCCCGAGAAAGCCAGUCGCCGCCCGCCCUCGCAAGGCGCUCUUUCCAUCGACCUCGACUCGAGUCGCCUUCUCUCCGCCGCCGCCGGACGACGCACUCUCUCCAUCGACAUAGACUCUGCGAAAGCCGCCUCAAGAGGCGGCGGCGACGACGGCGCGGAUGACGCCGCAUUCGGCGGCUCCGCGCCGCCGAAGACGCCGUCGGAGCGCCUACGCGCUAUAAUGAUGCAGGCCGCCACGGAAGGGCAAGACGUGGUCAAGGCGGAGUCGAGCGGGAAGCAGCGCGCCGCGGAGCUCCAAGCGAAGCGGCAGCGCAGCAAGCGAGGGGGGGGCGUCGGCGGAAGCAGCCGCCGCGUCGGCGGCACCGACACGGCCAAUAAUAAUAACACUAGCAAUAGUAGCGCUGGCUCCGAGCUCGACCGCACGGCGUCGUACGAUUCUCUUUCGCGUGACGACGACGCAGCUAGUACGGGAACUGGCGGCGGCGGCGGCGGCGGCGUCGGCGGCGAGCUUUAUUCGCCCGUAGAUAACGGCUACGGCGAGUUCGUAGCGGCUCGGGAUGAUUACUCUGACUACCACGGGAAGGAGAGCGGAUCCCACGGCGACGGGAUACACGUCGGAAUGCACGGCGGAAUUCAUGGCGGGCUUCACGGCGCAUCGAUUAGUCCGAUUAGGGUGGGGCCUAUGGGCCCGCGGUUCGGCGGAACGAGCCCCGGGAGCCCCACGAAUUCCGAGAGCCGCCUGUUUCGCCGUGGUCCGAAGAGCUACAGCGACACGGGCACGCCGAGGAGCGAAGACGGGCGAAGCGCGGGUGCUGCUGACGUGGCAGAAGACGAUUUUGGGGAAACUGGCGAGGGGGGAGGCUGGCAGCGGAAGGUGGGCAACGGUUACAUUCAAAUGAACGGGACGGUCGCGUCGGGGUUCACUCUGCUGGAGUUUGGGGGUAAACGCGAACAAUACGAACGAUAUCAGGGGUACUGGAAACGUUUGCGCCCCGAAACCCAGAAGACAGCGCUGGUCGUGCUGCUGUUUGUCUUCUCCCUCCUCCUCACCGUCCUCCUCACUCUCCUCUUCACCUUCAUGUUCGUUCCACGUCAGCACCAGCAGCCCCCGCCUCAACAACCCCCCUCGUUACAAUCACCCCCAGUAGAGUCACAAGCUGCGGAAUCCCAGGCACAGCUGGAAGCAUCGCCAGAACUGGCAUCGCCAGUAGAGGCACAAGCGCCCCCAGGAGCAGCAGAACCGUCGCUGCCGUCAUCAGAAUCGCCCCCUGAGUCGCCCACUUCUAGCUCGUUCAAACCUCCAGACGCACUAGUCGCCUCCCUCCAAGUGAAGUAUUGGGCCACGUGGCUCGAUGACAGGUUUGAGACCAGCAGGCCCGAGAUGCCUGGUUACCUCUGGGCGAAGCUACAGUUCCAGCUACACUUCCCCUCCAUUACAACCUUCUUAUCCGCAACCCAAUCUUUAUCCAUAGAUCUACUGUACCUCAACACUUCUCUCGCACCACCAGACAAGGCAACAUCAUACCCAAAACCCAGCGCUGACCUUCUCCCCUGGCCGAUAUUAGACUACACUGCGCUGAACACUACAGAAGCAGAUUCACAAGUAGUUAGAGCGGUAUGGGAGUGUAACAACUGUAGAAUUCCGGGGGGGCAUGGAGCGGCUAUGGAGGAGGAUGAGAAGGAUGGGGAGGUGCUGGUGGUGAUGCGGGUGAGAGUGGAUGGGAAGCAUCUAAGGGUGGUGGGUUCGAGCCACGUGAUUGGUCUGAACCGGACGGUUAGUCUGAACGAGAUUGGAGGGUCGAGAGCGUCUACAGGUCAACGGCACGGCAUGGACUUUGUCUUUGCUGUUGUGCCGCAUAAAUGAGAGUUCCAAGCCUAGAAGGGAUAUGCGAUGAACAUUGGUCAUAAGGGGAGGGGACUUGGGGGGGACUCUGCUAUAGGGUGGCUCGACAAUUCUGCAUCUAGGUGGAUUGGUGCUGCAAUUAACUGUGAUGCUGCGGCUGAGAGGUACAAUGCAUUACAUCAUUCAGCCAUCAUUGGUGCUGCGGCUGCAUUUUACUGUGAACAUGCUGAGAGGGACUGGGAACCGAAGGGAAAUAGAAGCAUAACAUCUUGAUUGCAGUUGUGUACUAAUACAAGCCGGUGUCAACUUAUACAUAUAUUGUUAUGUAGUAGACAUAGGCUAGAUAGGGUAUGUUCUUAGUGGGUACAAUCCAAAA